ACAGGAGUGUAUAAAGUCAGGGGCCGGAGUUAAUCGACUGAAGACCCUCCGAAGCUAAGUAGCUAUUUAGCAGUUCGGGUUUUUACUCGGAUUUCAUUAAUGUAGUUGAACUUUAAUCUUUCACUGCAGACCUUUGGUAUUUGAGAUCGAGUGCGAGCGGAAAUGUAGUCAGGGUAGCAACUCGUGAGGCGGAAGUGAGGUUAUAGCGCAGCAGCAGCGGUCUGCUUCGUCCAUGUUAUUAUUGUUAUUUUGACUGGGAUGGUUGGCGGCGGAACGCGCGGACGGCGCCCAGCCCCGGACUCCUCCGGUCUCCGACACAAGCACGCGCGGCUCUCCGUCCUGGAAGACCCACUCUUGUAAAGAGAGCAAAACAAAUCCAUUAAAAGAAAAUCGCCGCUCGCCCAGACUCGGUAUUAUUGUUGACAUCGCGGCGGAGAUGAACAGCAUCACCAAGGGCAGAUUCGAGGUAUUCUCAAACAGCGAUGAAGCCCCAAUUAACAAGAAGCUUCCCAAAGAGCUCCUGCUCAGGAUUUUCUCCUACCUAGAUGUGGUUACGCUGUGUAGGUGUGCCCAGGUAUCCAAGGCAUGGAAUGUUCUAGCGCUAGAUGGAAGCAACUGGCAGAAGAUUGAUCUCUUCAACUUCCAAACAGAUAUUGAGGGUCGUGUGGUGGAGAACAUUUCAAAGAGAUGUGGUGGCUUUCUGAGACAGCUGAGUUUGAGAGGUUGUCUGAGUGUAGGCGAUGCCUCUAUGAAGACUUUUGCACAGAAUUGCCGUAACAUAGAGCAACUGAAUCUAAAUGGCUGCACUAAGAUCACAGAUUCCACCUGCGUCAGCCUCAGCAAGUUCUGCUCCAAACUCCGCCACCUCGACCUCACAUCCUGUGUGUCCAUCACCAACCAUGCACUCAAGGCAUUAAGUGAGGGCUGUCGCAUGUUGGAGAACCUGAACCUGUCCUGGUGCGAUCAAAUCACACGUGAUGGCAUCGAGGCUCUCAGUCGUGGCUGCACCAGCCUCAAAGCACUGUUCCUCAGAGGCUGCACACAGUUGGAUGAUGCUGCACUGAAGCACCUUCAGAAGCACUGUCCUGAGCUCAUGACAAUCAACAUGCAAUCCUGCACACAGAUAACAGACGAGGGUUUAGUGAGUUUGUGCCGAGGUUGUCACAAGCUGCAGAUGGUGUGUGUGUCUGGCUGCAGCAACAUCACGGACGCCUCCCUCACUGCGCUCGGCCUCAACUGCCAACGGCUAAAGAUCCUGGAGGCUGCCCGCUGCUCUCAUGUGACUGAUGCUGGUUUUACUGUUCUGGCGAGGAAUUGUCAUGAAUUGGAGAAAAUGGAUUUAGAGGAAUGUAUUUUGGUCACUGACAACACACUGGUUCAGCUUUCAAUCCACUGCCCUCGGCUCCAGGCCCUGAGCCUUUCACAUUGUGAACUGAUAACCGACGACGGGAUUAGACACCUGAGCAGCAGUGUGUGUGGACAGGAGCGGCUGCAAGUUGUCGAGCUGGAUAACUGCCCCCUGAUCACAGACAUCACUCUGGAGCAUCUGAAGAGUUGCCAAAAGCUCGAGCGCAUCGAGCUUUACGACUGCCAGCAAGUCACUCGCGCCGGGAUCAAACGCAUCCGAGCUCACCUCCCUGAGAUUAAGGUCCACGCCUACUUUGCACCAGUCACACCCCCGCCCUCGGUGCAUGGAGGGGGCCAGCGUCUUUGCCGCUGCUGCGUCAUACUCUGACAGUGGAUGGGGCGUCUGAAGCAUGCCGUGGAGAGUCGGUCUGUCAGUCAAACUCUAAACCACACCUUGCUUGUGCUGGCCACUCCCACUAAACUCUACAGGGGUGUGGCUGGGAAAGGCAUGGUUGGAUCACUGAGGGUUUAUCAGGCAGCAGGAUGGAGCUACACAAGUUAUUGAAAAAAAUAUAUAUAAUUAAAAAUACAAAGAAUAAUUACUAUGUAAAAUGUGACCUUUUUCGAACGGAAUCCACAAGAAGAGAGUGGGAAAAGCCACCUUGUAAAAUAUUUCACAUUUGGAUUUAUAGGAAACACAUUUGUGGAAGUACUUCAAGCAGUACAACAUCGAGCUACUGACUACAGAACCUUGUCUGUGUGUGGGAUGGUCUCCGAGGGCUUGAUGAGAACCAGACAAUGUUUACUUCUUCAUCCACUGUUAUCAAUUUUUCGAAUGCAUUAUUUCCUCAUGACGGGAAGCGCUACAUCAACAGGAACGAUAAGCGAGGAGCAGGACAUGGAAAUUCUGUAUUUGGACUCGGAGACUUUUACGGUAAUUCAAAUAUGUAAAACAAAACAUAACACUACAACCAAGCAACCUGUGUUCAACCUGGAAUAAAGUGGUUUCUGUCAGUGCUCAGCAUUCUUUACAGAAACUGAUCAAAAACAUUUUGAUGAAUCUUGAUACAUACAGUAACAUCUUUCUAUAUUUGGAAAGAGCUGGAAAUGUAAGGAAGAGAUGGAGUAUAUAUGUGGACAGAAUGGGGCUCAUUCAGAUUUUUAGGCUCUAUCAAUGGAAAUGAAGGAAUAUUAGGAGCGACUUCAUUUCUUUUCUUUCGUUUUUUUUUUUCUUCUUCUCCAAAAUCAUAUUUACUGAAGAAGUCUAAUGGAGUAGAUAAAGAUGAAUUUUAAGUUCUAAGUGCAAUAUUUCAAAGGCCCAGAUUUUUCUGUCCAAUGUGAAAUGGUCUUCUUUUUACAGUUCCCUUAUACAAUCUUGCUUGCUGCCUAUUACUGCAGUAUUAUUUAACAGACCAGGAUACAAAAUGUAAUUUUCCAUUACAAGUUCCUCCCACCCCCCAAUUUUAAUUUCCCAAAUGCACAUAUAUAAUCUGCAUAAUGUACGCUUGUUAUGUAGUUCUGAGCACUGAAAAACUGAAUGCACCUUGGGCCGCAUGUUACUAAUGCAGAUGACUGUUGAAUUUAUUGCCUAAUCAAUAAUGAUGGCUUUUGGGUGCGAGUGCCUUUGAUUUUGCAAUGCUGGAAUGGGCAUGGGGAAAUCCAGCCUCAGAGAUAAAAGACUCAGGUCUGUAAUGUGAUUCGUCAGAUCUUUUCCUUUCCUGCUUCGUCGAUUGUCAGCAUUGAAGAACGCGGGAGCAGCAGCAUAAUACAGGUGGUGGACCACACACAGCAAGCGAGCGCUGCAUCCAUGUUUGGUGGGUUAUUGUAGUUGCUACUGAAGGAUGAAGUGUGAAGUGUGUAAUUUUUCAGCAAUGUAAAGGACAACCCCUUUCCCUCAUCGCUCAUUCAAAUUCCUGAUAACCAUUUGGGGAAAAAAAAAAAAAAAAAAAAGCUACCUGACUGUCCUUGUGUUCUGGUGUUACUGUGACAUUUCUUUAAAUAAAAGAUCUGAGCAGUGUG